GGGAGGUGUUGAGUUUCUUGCAAGAGCAAGAAACUUUCGGAGGUGUCAUUUUGAAUCCCACCGUGCAAAAUGCAGGUGUCGGUGACCUUCGAAGAUGUGGCCGUGUAUUUCACGGAGGGCCAGGGGGCUCUGCUGGAUCCGGGUCAGCGGGCCUUGUACAGGGACGUCAUGAUGGAGAAUUAUGGGAACAUGGCCUCAUUGGGCUUUGCAGUCGCCAAGCCUGAGCUCAUUUCCCGGCUGGAACAAGGGGAAGAAGUGUGGGUGCUGGAUUCCCCAGGCUUGGAUGGAGCGGAAAACGCCAACAUUACCUCAGGCAAGUGCAGGAAACAGUACUCAAGGACCACGUGUGGGGGAAAUUUUACUCAGAACUCAGACCUUGCUAAACCUUUAGGAAUCCACACAAGGGAGAAACCAUAUAAAUCCUUAGAGGAUGGGACAUGUUUUGCUGAUCCAUCAAACUUUGCAAAACACCAGAGAAUCCACGUAGAAAAGAAACCCCACAAAUGCUUGAAAUGUCAGAAAUGUUUUGGUCGGCGCUCCAACCUUAUGAGACAUCAGAGAAUCCACACAGGGGAGAAACCGUAUCCAUGCUUGGAAUGUGGGAAGUAUUUUGCUCGGAAGUGGAUACUCAUGAGCCACUGGAGAACGCACACAGGGGAGAAACCGUAUAAAUGCUUGAAAUGUGGGAAGCGUUUUACUCGGAGUUGGGUCCUCAUGAGCCACCAGAGAACCCACACGGAAGGGAAACCAUAUCCAUGCUUGGAGUGUGGGAAGUAUUUUUCUCUGGAAUCAUCUCUCGUGUUUCACCAGAGAGUCCACACGGGUGAGAAACCGUAUAGAUGCUAUGAGUGUGGGAAGUGCUUUACUCUGAAAUCAAGUCUCAGGAGGCACCAGAGAAUGCACACAGGAGAGAAACCUUAUAAGUGCUUGGAAUGUGAGAAGUCUUAUGCUGAUCCGUCUGCCUUUGCAAAACACCAGAGAGUCCACACAGGAGAUAAAUGCUUAGAGUGUGGGAAGCAUUUUACAAAUCUCUCUGCCUUUGCAAAACACCAGAGAGCCCACACAGAAGAGAAACCAUAUAAAUGUUUGGAGUGCGGGAAGUGUUUUUCUCUCAAAUCAAGUCUCAAAAGGCACCAGAAAGUCCACACAGGAGAAAAACCCUACAAAUGCUUGGAGUGUGGGAAGUGUUUUUCUCUGAAAUCACAUCUCAUGAGCCACCAGAAAGUCCACACAGGAGAGAAACCUUUUAAAUGCAUAGAGUGCUGGAAAUGUUUUACUCGGAAAUCACAACUCACAGUUCACCAGAGAGUCCAUACAGGAGAGAAACCCUAUAAGUGCUUGGAGUGUGGGAAGUGUUUUGCUAGUCCCUCGGCAUUUACAAAACACCGGAGAGUCCACACAGGAGAGAAACCCUAUAAAUGUUUGGAAUGUGGGAAGUGUUUUGCUGAUCCAUCAGCCUUCACAGGACACCAGAGAAUCCACACAGGGGAGAAACCAUAUAAAUGCUUGGAGUGUGGGAAGUGUCUUGCACAAAAAUCACAACUCGUGAGGCACCAGAGAGUCCACACAGGAGAGAAACCAUAUAAAUGCUUGGAAUGUGGAAAGUGUUUUGGUGCUCCAUCGACUUUUGCGAAACACCAGAGAUUGCACACGGGAGAGAAGUCCUACAAGUGUUUGAAAUGUGAUAAAUGUUUUGUUCAGCGUACAUGUCUAAUGAGGCAUCAGAGAACCCACACAGGGGAGAAACCGUACAAAUGCUUGGAUUGUGCAAAGCGCUUUUCUCUGAAAUCCAAUCUGAUGACCCACCAGAGAAUCCACACAGGGGAGAAACCGUAUAAAUGCCUGGACUGUGAGAAGUGUUUUUCUCAGAAAUCAGUACUCAUGAGCCACCAGCGAGUCCAUACAGGAGAGAAACCCUAUAAAUGCUUAGAAUGUGCAAAAUGUUUUUCUCUGAAAUUGGCUCUUCUCAGGCACCAGGAAGCCCAUGUGGAUGAGAAAUCAUACGAGUAUCCCAAGCCUUUCCCCCUACACUAGGAGACAAAGCAUACUGGGACAUCAAAGAAUGUGCAGUUGUUAUCCCACAGAUGAGUGGUUCUUCCCACCCUAUGGAAGAACUGAGCUUUAUGAGAUCAUGGAGAAGCUGCUCAGGGAAAGAUAAUCCUAUGAAUGGUGUCCAUGUGAAGAAAUAGAGGCUUUGUCUCAAAAGGGAUCCUCGAUCAUAAAGAGAAUUUCUGCGAAGGGUGAUGCUUGUGAAUGCUUCGGACAUGGCUGAGAAAGACGAGUGGGACUCUGUUCUGGCAAGAAGACUUUUCUCGCUCUUCUUCCCUGCCUUUGCCCCCAAAGCAUCUGCCUCAGGAUUGAGGGAUCCUCUGAAAUGGGAUGGAAUGAGGCGUUGGGGAUGGAGGUGCAGCGGGACUGGAGAAUUGAGAGCAUUUAGGAGCCUGCUUUGUGGGAGUGGAAUCCCCCUUUCCACUAGAGCAAGAGGCCUGUGGAUCCAGAGCAAUGUUAGAAAAAGCCUUUGGGUGAGCUCUGUUACAUGUCCCAUCAGCAAACGAGGCUCGGGUGGUAAGAACAGGAGACAGGGCCUUUUCAGUAGCUGUACCCUGGCUGUGGAAUUCUGUCCCAAAGAAAGUGAGACUAGCCACAACUCAGAUGACAUUUAGGCAGGCAGUGAAAACAUUCUUAUUCUCAUUAUCUUUUGAUGUUUUCAAAAUAUUGGAUGUCAGGGUUUAAUUCUGCUCCAUUUGAUUUAAAGGCGUUAGUUUCAUUUUUCUUAUUUUUGGUUUUUGUUCUUUUAUGUCAACUGUAUUGGGUGACGCUUGUUAGCAGUGUAAAAAGGCACUUAUAAAUAAAUAUAUGAUUCUUGUCUCUGUA